AUGGCACCUAAGCCCCCUCACCGAAAGCGCCGCAAUAACUCCAAGACUUCUUCUCAAGAGUCCCCGCGCACUCCGCCUUCAGAAUCUACUACUGUGGGCUCUUCACUUCCUCAAACUCCUUGGUCUUCCGACUAUGAGGAACAGGAUACGACAAGCCGGUCCGGUACUCGAUCCUCACAAUUACCCUCUUUCGACACCCCAAGCUCUUCCAAUACCACUUGGCCCUCCUCUGGGUCUCCGAACUCAUCGAUGGCGGAAAUUGAAACGUUUGAGAUGAAUUCUCGAGGUUCUUCUCCCUCUCCUCUGGAGAAUGCAAAUGUAUCUUCAUCUAGGGUUGCUUCUCAGCUACUAGCCAAUGGCGCGGAGUCAGACGAUACGUCAGACGAUCAUGGGUACGUGCGGGAAACCAUUCUUCUCAAUCAUCUCAAAGUCAUUUGGAGCUGGAUUCGGUUCCAUGGUAGCUAUUGGAAGGCCAUUACAUCUGUCCUGUUAACCAUAAGCGUUGUUGCAAUCUAUAUCGGCAUUCGGUACUUCGACGAGUGUAAUGAAUGGUUAAUUGAAAACGAUCUACCUGUCAUGCCAUCCUUGGAAGAGCUCAACACAAUGAUCGGAUAUACUUUUUUUAUAUACUUCUCCGGAGUCUUUGUCAUCUUUAUCCUUGGCCUUGCUGCCUGGUGCAGUAUUGAUUGGAAGAGGAUGGUGUCGACUGAAACUCGCCGGUUUGUAUACUUUUGCCUUGCAAAUCUGAGAGACUGCUGGUCUUGGCUUCUCAGAGGCAUUUUAUCACUGUUCCAUACUUUGGUAAUUAGCCCCUUGACCGCAUUGUUUUGGCAGGUUAUUUCAAUCCCUGGGGCAGUGAUAUCCUGGUUCUGGAGCCUUGUCAUGUGGAGCAUUAUCAAGGGAGACAAGAUCUGCCGUCGCCGCUUCCUCGUCAUCAUUGUCGUAUUAGCUAUCUUCAUUCAUUGGCUCUGGGAAAGGGCUUACCCUCUCAACGCAGUCGAGCAGCUGGCUGCCUUCGCUGAGAGAUAUCGAGGUGAUGAUAUUCUGGCCUUUUGUAUCUUUCGGACAAGCUACUAUGUUGCUUACUACUACUUUGCCUGCGCUCACUAUUUCUUCCCUGAGAAGUAUGAGUACAACAUCUGGCAUGACCAAGUGGUAAUCUUUAUCACUGGCUUGGUUGUAGUUAUUGCCCUUAGUGCCAUUGUGAUUGGAAAGAUGUUUGAUUGGGUCAUGCGGAAUGCAGACGAUGGAAAGAAGAUGCAAGACACUUGA